GGUGGUUCUAAGAUUAAUUCAGCGAUUUCAUAUAACAUUAUACAGAAUCUAUGGCUUGGUAAGACUGUAAAGGAGGCUGUAGACUAUCCCAGAAUCCAUCACCAAUUAACACCACCAUACAUAGAGAUAGAGCACGGUUUUCCGAAGAAAUACAUAAAUGGGUUGCUAAGCAAAGGACAUGACGUAUAUAUGUUAAAGAGUGCAGGAUCCAUCAGUCAAGCCAUUCAUAACACAAACACUGGACAUAAUCCUAUACAUGCUAUCUCUGACUAUAGGAAGGGAGGAAGAUCUAAUGGAUUUUAGUUUGCAAUAACAACUUUGAAAUGUGUAUUUGUAUCUUUGACAUGGGUAAUAAAAACAUAUUCCAGAUACAUUUUAGAACCAAUUUUCUCUUUUUCCAAAUAUUUGAAUUGUGAAAUGCCUUCAUACGUUCUAACAAAAACACAUGUAAAAAUCACAGUUUUGUGCAUAACUGACAAAAAUGAUUUGGCUUGGUAAUAAAGGCUUCCAGGCCACAAGAGCUUUGUAUCUAAAUAGCAAUAAUGACUCAAUAAUUUUAUCCAUUUUAAUUGCCAUAGUGUUGUACUAUGUUUUUGAAAAUAUAACAUUGAUUUGACAUUGAAUAAAUAAGUAAACUUAAG